UUUCCACUUCGGUUUCUUGCUCUGCGUGUUGUGUUUGACUCGGGCCGAGCAGGACGAGUUGAAUGUGCGACGAGUGAUGAAGGAGUUGGAGGUGAUACCCGAUGUCCUCAAGGAGCCGCCCAAGGAACUGCUAAAGUUGAGCUUCGAAAACGAACUGGAGAUUGAGGAGGGCAAAGUUUAUACGCCCACGGAACUGAAAUUCCCGCCGAAACUCGAAUGGAAUGCCGAUCCAGGAACGUUUUACACCAUUGUCAUGUUGAGUCCCGAUGCACCGAGUCGUGAGAAUCCCAUCUAUCGCUCGUGGCUACAUUGGCUGGUUGUCAAUGUGCCCGGCAUCGAUGUGGCCAAGGGUCAAGCGAUUUCUGAAUACUAUGGUCCUUUGCCACCCAAAGACAGCGGUCUGUGUCGCUAUGUGGUGUUGGUCUAUCAGCAAUCGGAGAAAUUGGAUAUUGAGGAAAAGAAAAUGGAUCUGAAAAAUGCCGAGGAUCAUAGCAACUUCGAUGUGGAGCGCUUUACGCAGAAAUACGAUAUGAGUGAUCCAUUGGCUGGCAAUGUUUUCCAGUCCAAGUGGGAUGAUUACGUGCCGGAGCUUAUGAAAAUGUUGUACGAUGUGAGUGAGUGAGGGGAAAGGAGAGAGGAAAAAGAACAAACUUACUAUAUGUGCACAAUAAUUAUUUUGGUAAUGGGU